CACGCGUCUCCAGAGCAACAGAGUACCAGUUUCUAAGGCUCAUUAUUGCGUACGGAAUCGGCAACUGCUGCCUGUGAAAACAUGAAUCUGAGCCCGUCUGAACAAAGCAUGCACAAGCUGAGCGAGAGCUGCAUGGAAGGCAACAAAGCCAACCUCCUGCUCCCCUGUUUCCGCAGAAGCAUGUAUGAUGAGUCCCUCGCUUCUUACCACAACGGCUCCAUCAUAUCUCACCUCCUGCGUAAAACUAUUCACAAUAAACUGACUUCCCUAGACAACAACCUCCUUUACCUGCCCUCAGCUAAUGUGUCUGGUGGAAGCGUGGUCGAAUCUGAAUCCAACAUGACUGAUUUCGCUCAAGAGGACCAGAGCAGCAUGUCCUUCAAAGAUAGCAUGGAGGAUUUGUCUCCUGGGUGUCAACCCUUUAACGCGGACAUUGAGCGACCAUUAAACGAUCACCUCCAAGCCAAACGCGCCCGGGUGGAGAACAUCAUACGGGGCAUGGCUGGUUCACCCAAUUCCAGGUCGCACAUUGAAGGAGAAAAUGAAUGUGAAGCCAUGCAGUGUCGAAGAGAAGUUCUGAAAGAGAACAAGCGCAAGCAGAGGCUUCCCCAACACCAGGAACCCAAUCAUUCCAAUGGGCAACCCAACAUUAGAGGCAAGACAAGCAAAGAUGAAGAGUGUCACAAACUGAAGGAGCAGCUCCAAAGCAUGCAGCGUCUCUUGCAUCAACUUCAGGAGAAGAUCUCGCAUGUGCACGACCAGAAGUACUCAGAGGACAGGAAACAUGGGAGAUUGGAACAAGACACCCAAGAUCCACUGCUGAAGUUUGAACAAAGUCUUGGAGGCAGCUACAAAGACAAAGUGAACAAUAAUUUAUUUUCCGAUAGGGAGGUCAAGAACCUUCAGGAGACUCUUAAAUGUGAGCUGACCAGGACCGUGAGUGAAAGCAUUGAUAUGGUCUUCAGAAAAAUCUCGAUGACUCUACUAAACCAAUUAUCCGAGCCACAGUCUUGCCAGAGUCCAGAAUACUCAGAGUCAGAGAACCAAACUCAACAAGAUUCCCCUCAGGAGCUGUCGGACUCUGAUGAAAUAGUCAAAUCCGUAUCUGAGGAUCGCUUUGAGAGCUCGCCCGUCAAUAGCCCAGAACACCAGACCGAAGCUCUGUCCCUGGUGGUUCGUAAACCUUCCCUUAGCCAAUUAAACUCAGUCAACCAGGGUGUAAAGAGACCCUACCCACUCCACCAGACUCCUUUUCAGUUUGGCUACAACACUUCUCUCCACGACAGCCAGAUCCUGGAGCACCUUCUGAAAUAUGGACCUCAUUCGACCUUCUCCGGACUGCCCUGUCUGCCUCCGCCCUUGGAAAGGUCAUCUCCGGACACCAUUGAGCAUUCCUGGGAAAGCAUCGGCAUGAGGUCCAAGGUGAACUCUGGGCAUCUGGGUCAGCACCAUCGCCCGACACCUCCUGGACUGGUCACAGUCGACACGAUCUGCCUCCCGCAUGUCAAGAUGGAGUGUGGAGAUCUGCAGAGCAUGGCAGAGAGAAGCUCCUUCAUGUCACUCAAUAUUCAGGAGGGUUUGACCCCAAACCAUCUGAAGAAAGCCAAACUGAUGUUCUUCUACACGCGCUACCCAAGCUCAAAUUUACUCAAGAACUUUUUCCCUGAUGUUAAGUUCAAUCGCUGCAUCACGUCUCAGCUGAUCAAGUGGUUUAGUAACUUCAGAGAGUUCUACUACAUCCAGAUGGAGAAGUUUGCUCGUCAGGCUAUCCUAGACGGUGUGAAUGAUGUGAAGGACAUCUCCAUCAGCAGAGAGUCUGAGCUGUUUCGCGCACUCAACAUGCACUACAACAAAGCCAACGACUUCCAGGUUCCAGACAGGUUUCUAGAGGUUGCUGAAAUCACACUGCAGGAGUUUUACAGCGCCAUUUCACUUGCAAAAGACUCCGACCCCUCCUGGAAAAAAGCCAUCUACAAGGUCAUCUGCAAACUAGACAGUGACGUACCUGAGGAUUUCAAGUCACCUUCAUAUCUGUAGUAACAGAGCGCCACCUACAGGCCACUUUCUGUGUGGCCAAACACACAUUUUAAUCACUUCUGUUGCACUUUGUACAAGAACAGUCUUAAAUCAUUUCAAAUAUUCUGCUCCUAAACGAUAAACAUUUAGGAAAACAGGUUUGGGAUUUUCAAUGUCCUCAGUCGAGCAGUUAAAUCAAGUGUUUUUCAUGUUGUCUGUGGAAUAGGCUUGUGAGAUCAUGUUAGUUUGGUUUUAUUGGAAUAUAUUUUGCUUUUAUACUGCCACUGUAGACAAAGUUGUGGUGUGUUUUUAGUUCAAAUGCUCCUGGUGGAUUUAUGAUGUGUAUUUGUCUCAUGAAACAUCUGUAAUAAUCAUUCUUUGAAAAAGGUGUAAAUAUGUGUCAUUUAGCUGUAUAAUAUGAGUAGAGGAGAGUAUUGCAGUUUAUGCAGAAGGACAGAUGAAAUAUAAUAUUACAUGUAGAAGCAUUGGAAUGUUCCUCAAAUCUUGCCAGUGUUUCCUGAUUUAUCAUAUGUAUUAGUUUGCAUAUUCCUGUGCAUCAUCAUCUGUGUGGUUUUGCUUUUAAUAAUAAAAG